UUGCACAUUAUGGAAGUACAGUUAUUCGAAAAUUCAAGACUUUGUCAGUCACAAAAUGUUUGUCAUUUUCGUAGUGUUAUACAACUCUGCUAGGAUCAAGGCAAAUUUGUUUUCCGAAGUCAUAUUUGUUCUACGAAUGCAUGUUUAAGAAUAACGGGUCCACGGAAUAAUUCCUCGAUGGAGGAGCCCUUGGAAAUUUUAUUUGUGGCAUUUUGUGGCGUCGUGUUGACAUUUGCCUUACUUUUUGUAGCAUGUUGGUGCAUCAUCAGUUGUUCCUUCUUUUGUCUCAAGUACAUUUAUUGUUCUAAUUUAAAUAAGUUGGUGUCCGCUUUAACUGUGGGUAGUUCAUCUUUGUCUGAAAACGAUAAUUCGGACGAAUCAGAUCUCGAAAUGGAAGCAGAUGACUGUUCAAUCUGUUCGGAAACUGUAUCACAUCAUCAUCGCAAUCGCCGUGUCGUCGUUGGUCAUAGUCACACACAUGAUACUGCUAAUCAGCUCGAAGGGUAUUUGGUAGAAAACUCGGCAGAAACUGGUUCCACCGGGAAAGUGACACCGGAAGACGUGCCACCACUUUACGACUCUCCCCCUGAUUACCACUCCUUGUUCCCGACAACCAGCAAGGAGGCUCAGCAAAAACUCAUCCUGGACGACAUGAGAAUAGUCAACGAAGUCUUGAGCUUGGUCACAUCAGCGACGACAUCGGCCCCCUCCUUCAACCACGACGACGAGCAAGGCUACUCUCAGCCAACCAAUGGAACGGGGACCUCGGUAUAAUUCUAGCGUUGGGAAGAAAUGUAUGCCUGAAAAUACAUAUGUGGAUUGUAUGUAUGUACCAGAGUUGUAAGAUCUCAGUGCCAUGUUACAUGAACAUAUUAUAUUUAAAAGAAAAUAAACCCCGAUUGUAAAAGAAAAUAAA